GUAGUAGGGCAGGUGGGAAAAUGGCGGCGGGUGGGUCGCUCGACGAUCUCUUGAACAGUAAAGUGGACGAAAGGGCAUUUUCUGCACUGGUUGGUACAUUGGAGGAUCAAUUGUACUCUGGACAAGCCCAGGGCACAGUGACAACUACAGCGAGUGGUGUUAUUCCACGGAACAAUGCUGCACCGGUGGUCAGUUUGUCCAGCGCCGUGCCUGCGGACGGUCGCGUGCCAGCGAACGGCGCACAGCAUGUGGUUUCAACUCCUCAAAGUGACAGUAAACCUGUUUCUCUGAAUGUCCCCAGAAGUGUGGCUGUCAGUAGCGCUGGCCCUAGAAGUGCUUCUGUUCUCAGCCAAGCAGGUGUCAUACAAACUGCUCACUUCCCCGCCAGCGGUCUCAGCACGGCCGCUGGCGCGGGGAAUGCGCCUGGUGCUGUGAACAAUGCUAGUGCUAUGAAAAUAGUGCAAACUGCUGUGACGCAAGCAUCAGCAUCUGCCAGUAGAACCUACACCAUCAACAGCACUAGCUUGCCAAAUGGCUCUACAAGCAGUGCGCAAAGUGUGAUAACGAAUGGUAAACAGAGUAUGACAGUAGGUAACAAAGUGGUAAAUGUAGCACAGACCUCGAGUGCUCCCACUGUAAUAACAGUGAACAGACCUGCAAAUGUGGCUGCCCAAGGAGUUCCUGUUGCCACUAACCCUUCAGUGGCUAGUGGGGUUCAAAUCCUCAAUGUCAGCCAGACGCGAACUCAGACACCUGGUGUCCAAGGGCAAAAGACCCUUGCACCUCGUGUUUUGCUGUCCCCACAAGUUGUCAACAGAGCAGCACAGCCAGGACAGCCGAUCACCCUGCAGACCCUGCAGAGUCUGCAGGGCUCCGGCUCGGGACACCUGCUGGUUAAGACAGAGAACGGCCAGCUGAAGCUGAUUCAGCUGCCGGUCCAGGGCGCCAACACCUCCACCGCUGUCUGCUUUGUGGGCACAGCCACCACCUCCACACCCAAUAUGUACAAGUCGGUGGCGGUCAGCAGCGCAGCCGGCGGCGGCGGCGUCUCGGCGGCGGCGCCGCAGCAGCGGCCGGCGCCCGCGCCGCGACACCCGCACGCGCCGCACGGCCACCAGCUGCCCACCAUUUACAAGAGCCCCGUGCAGGCGGCGGCCACCCCGCGCUCCGCCACGGCGGUGGCCGUGACGGCGGCGGCCAGCCCGGCGCCGGCGGCCGCGCCCGCGCAGACCGCAGCGCAGAGCACAGCCCAGCCGCAGGGAGCCAUGGCGCCCGACACGGCCAAACAAAAGUGCCGCAACUUCCUGGCCACGCUGCUGCGGCUGGCCAAGGACCAGCCGGACUCUGUGGCGCGCAACGUGCGCAUGCUGAUCCAGAGCCUGAUCGACGGCCGCACCGAGCCGGAGACGUUCACCACGCGGCUGCAGCAGGAGCUCAACUCGUCGCCGCAGCCCUGCCUGGUGCCCUUUCUCAAGAAGAGCCUGCCGUUCCUGCGCCAGUCGCUGUUCAGCCGUGAGAUCACCAUCGAGGGCGUCAAGCCGCCGCCCUCCUCGGCGCUCUCGGCGGCCCCUGUGGCCGGCGCCGUGCCCGUUAUGCAGGUGCAGCGGCCGGCGGCGGCGGCGGCGCGGCCGGCCGGCGCGGCUGCUGCCGGACGCACGGUGACGGCGGCCGUCUCUGCCACGGGCGCGGCCGGCUCGGCGGCCGGCCACCAGGUGCGCCUGGUGACCGGCGCCGGCGCCCAGCCGCGCAACGUCUCGGCCGGUCACCCAGCGCUGCUCGGCAUACAGCCAUCGGCCACCAAGGUGGUUCGCUCUCCGGCGGUGACGGCCGCCUCCGCCGCCUCCCCCGCGGCAGUGGGCACCGUCUCGGGCAUCACCGUCAACCGGCAGCCAACCCCGUCCGCCGUCCGGCAGAACAAGAAACUCAACUUCAAGUCGUCGACGUUCGAGUCGGGUCAGGAUGACGACAUAAACGACGUGGCGGCGAUGGGCGGGGUGAACCUGCAGGAGGAGUCGCAGCACAUCCUGGACGGCACCGAGUACGUGGGCACCCAGAUCCGAUCCGUCAAGGACGAGACCUUCCUGCCCAGCGCCGCCCUCCAGCUGAAAAUCAGACGAAUCGCGAUGCGCCACGGUCUGGAGGAGCCCGGCGCGGACGUUGUGGCGCUGGUGUCGCACGCCACUCAGGAGCGGCUCAAGACGCUGCUCGAACAGGUGGCCAUCAUCGCCGAACACCGCAUGGAGGUCGUCAAGUCGGAGCCGGGCUACGACGUAUCGCGGGACGUGCGAGGACAGCUGCGCUUCCUCGAGGAGCUCGAUAAGCUGGAACAGAAACGACACGAGGAGACGGAGCGCGAGAUGCUGCUCAGGGCCGCCAAGAGCCGCUCCAAAACGGAGGACCCCGAGCAGGCCAAACUCAAGGCCAAGGCAAAGGAGAUGCAGCGAGUGGAGAUGGAGGAGGUGCGGCAGCGCGAGGCUAACAUUACGGCCCUGAUGGCCAUCGGUCCGAGGAAGAAGCCGCGGCUGGAGGGAGACGCGCCCGCCGGGGACGGCGCCACUGUGACCGGCCAGCUCAGCCAGAGACAGAUUCCGGUCCGGCCGCGGGUGAAGCGGGUCAACAUCCGCGACCUGCUGUUUGUGCUGGAGCAGGAGCGCGGCCUGCAGCGGUCUGAGCGGCUCUACCAGCUGCUACACAAGUAGCCCCGCCCGCCGCGCCGGCCCUGGCGUGUUCUAGCGCCCGUUGUUACUGCCUCGGUGCCCCGGCGCCCGCCCCGCCCCGCCCCGUCCGCACGGACCCGUGGACGACGGAGACGGACGGACGGACGCGCUGUUUGGACCGGAGAGGUGCAAGUGUGUGAGCGUGUGUGAGCGGAGUCUGAUCGCCGGACAGUCACGUGUAUUUUUAUCAGCGGUUGUUGGUUUUGCUUGUGUAUGUGAUAACGGGCUGCGUGUGCCCGUCGAUGUUUUCACGCGGCCGCCCCCGCCCCCGCCCCCGCCCGCUCCCACCCCCGACUGGUCGGCUGAGGUCUCUGGCUCCCGCCCCACGCAUAGGCUUUCGUCUUCCGUUCUCUCGGCCUUGUUGGUCCAUCGGCGAGCGCUUGGCGCCACUUGUGCGCCGCUCGCGCGCCCUCCCGCCGUUUUCGGAGCCGCGCCGGCCGGCAAACGCAAGUACAAACCGACCCGCCGGCCGGCCGGCCGGUGCCGCCCCCUCCUCCCGCCCCGCCCCGCCCCGCCCCCGCCCCGGCGCUGGCACGUGGCUGCGAGUGUGUGAGUGUGUGCGCGUGUGGUAAUAGCCCGUCGCGGGCCCGUUAAAGCACUGUACAUACGACAUAUUCGCCUUCACUCGCGCUGCGCCGCGUCCAUGGGCGGCGGCCGGCCCGGGGCGGGGGCGGCGCGCGCCGGCCGCCCCCGCCCGCGCGCCGCCGCCGCCGCCGCCGCCCGCCUGUUUUUACCCACUAUCACGCCCGGCGCGUCAGUGAUUGAAACAUGAGAAAUAAUAGAUAACUAUGGGAGAC